AUGUUAGGUGUUAAACAGCUGGUUAAAUCAUGUCCUAAUCUGACUCACUUAGACCUCAGGUAACUGAUAAUGUUUUGGAUGGUUGUAGGCAGAAUUGUGCUGACACAAUAGUUUAAAAUGUUUGCUUGUUAGCAUAUGACUUUACAAAUAGAAGAAGUCACUGUCAAGCUCAAAAGUUGAAAGAGGCGGUCAACUUAGCGAUUUGUGCAAUUUUCACUAAAAGGAAAUAGCAGUCAUAAAAAACAGUGCAAAAUUGCUGGAUGGCUGAAUUGUUACUAAGCCAAACAUUUCUUCAAUUUGGAGUUUUUUAGGAGAAUUACUCCGAGACUACAGUAUUUGGUAUAUUGGACUGAAAAUGUUUUAACCAUUAGAAAUGAUAAUGAUUGCCAUACUCUCUUGAUAUUCUUUGGUGUCAUUUUAACAACCUGAUCAGGGAUCUUUACAGCACGUUAAUGUUAUGUUACCAAAGAUUUGCCUAUUGAUUACUGGAAUUGAUUAUCUAAUUGCUAUCAAAAUAAUACGGACAACAUAUUUUAUUUUUUAUGUAGUUUUCUGUUAUCAUAUAUUAAACACAAGGAUAAUCUAAUAAAUACCUUUUAUUCUUUCUCUUUUUCAGUGAUGCAUUUAAUUUAACAGGAAAAUCAUUGGAACAAAUUCUCAAACUAGGAAAACUUGUUAAAUUGAGUCUUAGUAGAUGUUACAGCAUCGCACCUGCAGCCUUCAGGUAAAAAUAAAUAUUUUUAUUUUCAUAUAAUAUAUAAUUUAUAUAAUUUUGCCAAGGCCAACAGCAAAGCUGCCAUUAAUAGAUUUAUAAUUUUUACUUACACAUUAAACUUGUAAACAUUGCAAUCCAUUAAAAGAAAACAUUUAACCCUGCUCUGCUGACACCUGAGCCAUACAAACCUCUGUAAAAUUUCACAUUUUUGAGGAGUUUUUCCAGCGGAGUCGACAGAUUUUCCCUAACUUGUCCAUGAAAAAAGUUGAAAAAAAAAACUGUGGAAAGGUCAAUUUGCACAGCAUAAUAAGAAGCACAACUGAAAAGUCAGAGUUGGAAAUAGGAAGGAGUUAUUUUUGCUACCAGUAUUGACUUUGUCGAUUUUGUCUUUAUUCAGUAUUUUUUUUUUCAAAUGCCUUCUCCGUUUGUUCAACUCACUGACUUUUACAAAUCAUUAUUUUGUUCUCUUUAAUAGUUUGUGCAGUCAGAGUAAAUCACUUAAAUCUUUGGAAAUUUUUGGCUUCCUGAACACAGAGGGAAUUGAGGUCUUAAAGAAAGAACUUCCACGAAUCAACAUCAAUAAGUCACUUUUCUCAUCAAUAGCAAGGCCUGUUGGAUCAUUGUACUUUGGAAGAAUCUGGGAUAUACAGUGUAAAGACUAGCCACAAAAUAGGAUUGAACAUCAUAAACUUUUAUGAGCGUUUAUCGGUGCAUUACUUGUGUUAAGGCUUUUCAAGGUUCUGAUAUACAUGUUGGUGUUUUACAUGUAAAGUCAGUUUUAGCUUUUGAAUUUUUAUUACGUCAAAGAAAAGAAC